AUGGCUCGACAACUGUCACCGGAGGAAAUUCAAGUCUUCAAGGAGCUCUUUGAUUCAUAUGACACGGACAAGGGCGGCAACAUAAGUGUAGAAGAAUUUGCGAAAGUAAUGUCUCAGAGUCCCGGAAAGCAGCCAACACCAGAUGAAGUGCAACAAAUCAUCAGAGAGGUUGAUCUUGACGGUGAUGGAACUAUUAACUUCAAUGAGUUCAUCACGAUGAUGACAGGCCAGACGUACCCUCCAGUAGACGAAAAGGUCGACUAUGCUAAAGCAUGGAAGCAAUUUGAGCCCUCCCUUAAGGGCUCAAUUACCCAAAGCCAAUUCCGGCAACUCGUAGCGGGAUUAGGAGAGCCUAUCGGCGAUGUUGAAAUUGAUCAAAUAAUCAAUAACGUAGAUGGAGAAGGCAAAAUCACUUUCCAAGAGUUUGAAACUUUCAUGAAGAAUAGGAGUCUGGUGGAUGAGAUCGUGAAUGGCUAUGCGUGA